AAUUUUCUUUAAAAGUUAUAAGGCGUUGUUAAAUUAUGGGUGAUUUUUUAGUCCGACCCUCUCGGGAAUAAAAAGUUUAGGAAGUCUCACCCAGAUGGGUGUGUGCCGUUCUCUAUCAUCCUCCUACAGGACAAUUCUCACACACUAUUUUUUGAUGAAAUGAAAAAUUAAAAAAGUGACUUGAACCGAUAAUUAAAUAGAUUGAUUGGAAAACAUAUGCGCUCUUAUAUGGGUCAAUUAGAGAAGAUGAAAGAUUGCGUGGAUAUGAGAAUAUCUUACAAUAGCUUAAUCAAAAUUCCUUUAAAAUUUUAAGAGAAAGCAAAAUGAAAACUUCGUCCUUCAGUUGUCAGUGUAGUGUUGCAGUCAUCGUUAAUCUUUUUCAUUUUUUUAUUAUUAUUAUUUUUUCGUUUAGUUAAGAUUGCAGACUGGGUCACACCCAGAAUUGCCCACGGAGUUCUUUGGGAACGCCGCAGUAAACAUAAUCUUGAAUAGAGGAGUUAUUCCCAAAUUCUAAUAUCAUAUUUUCUUGGCAGGUGUGGGAGUCCAAACAAUCCUAUCAUGAUACCAGCGACGUCGACUUUAGGGCUUCGGCCGGUUUCAUCUUUUCCAAAAACUUUUUGCUAAUCUGACAACUCUCCAGCUGCUGAAAUGGAGAUAUGUGUUGUCCUCUGUCUCUUUAUUGUGUCAUUAUGUUCAUCAUGGGCAGAAGAGGUCGAUGAUUUUCGGCUAGUUACCUACGACGAUCUUCGUAACAGUAUUGAUAGGUUUACUCAAUCUGAAGUUGGGUCAUAUACUGAGCUUCUUUUUGAUGUUCCGCGUUAUCAACUAAUUGUAGGCGCCAGAGAUUAUUUAUUCAGGCUAAGUUUAGAAGGAUUACGAAAAUUGGAAGAAGCACAUUGGCCUGCUGCAGAAUCAACAGUCACAACUUGUAAAUUAAAAGGAAAAACAAAAGAGGAAUGCCAGAACUUUAUUCGUGUCCUAUUAUAUUUCAAUAAUAAAAUUUUCACUUGUGGGACUAAUGCAUUUUCACCAGAAUGUACAUGGAGAGAUAUUACAGCUAUUAAUUCAGUAACUCAAUGGGUAACAGGAAUUGGAAAAUGUCCCUACAGCCCAAAUUAUAACAGUACAGCUCUAAUGACAUCUCAGGGUAGUUAUUACAUUGCAUCACCAUUAGAUUUUUCAGCACAAGAUUAUGCAAUAUAUAGAAUAAUGGGCAAAGGACCCUAUCUACGAACUGUGCAAUAUGAUCCAAAAUGGUUAAAUAAACCAAAUUUUGUAGCAUCUUUUGAAAUAGGAAACUUCACAUACUUUUUCUUUAGAGAACCAGCAGUAGAAUUUAUUAACUGUGGAAAGAUUAUUUAUUCUAGAAUUGCACGAAUUUGUACAAAUGAUCAAGGCGGUCAGUAUAUGUUAAAAGAUAAAUGGACUACAUUUCUUAAAGCACAACUUAACUGUUCUAUACCUGGCAAUUAUCCAUUUUAUUAUAAUGAAAUUCAAAGUGUUUACUAUUUAGAAAGAGAACAAAUGAUAUAUGCUACAUUUAAUACACCAGAUAAUAGCAUAUAUGGAUCUGCAGUUUGUUCUUUCAACAUGUCAUCUAUUCAUAAUUCUUUCAAUGGACCUUUUAAACAUCAAACAAAUCCUAAAUCAACAUGGGAGAAACAUCCAAAUUCUCAUAAACAUUUUCAGUGUAAUGUGCAAAGUGAUCCUCAACAUUUACUAGAUUCUGAAAGAUUUCAAUUAAUGGAUCAAGCUGUACAGUCAAGUACAAUUAAGCCACUUUUUUCAUCAGAAUUAGAAAGAUUAAGCCAUAUCGUCGUAGAUGUUGUUCCAACUAAACAUCAUGAUGGUAUUCAUGUAAUUUUUGUGGCCAAUAUUCAAGGAAUAAUAAAAAAGUUAGUAGUAGUUCCAAAUACACAAGAGGCUUGUUUAGUGGAAAAAAUACAAUUAUUUCCAAAAAAUCAUCGUCAGCAUAUUUAUGUGCUGAAACUCUUAAGAGACACUAGUUCAUUAUAUAUUGGUACUGAUAAUGCUGUAUUAAGAAUACCACUUCAUAGAUGUGAACGAUUUCGAACAAGGAGUGAAUGUCUCAAUGCUAUGGAUCCUUAUUGUGGAUGGAAUGAAUAUCAGCUGGCUUGUACAACUGCACCAAAUCGUAAUCCUCUCAGUGCAUUUUGGGAACAAGAUGCUACAACUUGUCCACGAAUAAAUAGACCUGUUGAUGGUGCUUGGAGUUCUUGGUCUAAUUGGUUUGAAUGUUCUCAAAUUGGAAAAAACUCACCAGGAGACAAAUGCUUAUGUCGACAAAGAUAUUGCAAUAGUCCCAAGCCAAUAAAUGGUGGAAAAGAUUGUGAUGGAGAUGGACUUCAAGUAUCUAAUUGUACACAAAAUGGACAAUGGACAGAAUGGUCAUCGUGGUCUGCAUGUUCACAAACUUGUGGUUUAUCAGUGAAAACAAGACGACGAACUUGUGGAAACCCUGCUCCAAAAUAUGGUGGUAGAGUUUGUUUAGGUCCAGAACGAGAUGAAAUUUAUUGUACAACAAAUCCACCUUGUCCAGUUCCUUCAUUACCUCCAAUAGAUGGACAUUGGUCAGAAUGGGGUGCUUGGGAUGAAUGUAGUAGCAUUUGUGGUGGUGGAAUUCAAACUCGUCGAAGGAGAUGUAAUAAUCCAUCACCACAAAAUGGUGGGCAAGAAUGUUUUGGAUGCCAUCAAGAUUUUAAAUAUUGUAAUAUGCAUAAAUGUGCAGAAUCAAGAAAAUCCACAGGGUGGACUCCUUGGUUAAAAGUGAAUUACACAAAAGAUGGGUUUUUUGAGCAAAGAUUUCGAUUUACAUGUCGGGCAAAUGUGCCUAAUGAAAGUAUGAUUCGUAUUGGACACAUGAAAAAAGAAGAAAGGUUUUGUUUAGAAGGCAGUCAGAAUUGUUUAGAUGCAGCAUUUGUUAAUAUUGAUGGAGAAUGGUCUGAAUGGUCAUCCUGGUCUAGAUGUUCAGUUUCUUGUGGAGGAGGAGUUCAAAAAAGAGAGAGAUUUUGUGAUAAUCCCCGACCGACAGGAACUGGCUCUAAUUGUUCGGGACAUAGUCGUGCAGAAAGAACUUGUAAUACUAAUCCUUGUACAGAUGGAUGGGAAGAAUGGUCAAUUUGGUCAUUAUGUGACCAGAAUCUUGAACAACAUCGAAGACGGAAAUGCUUAUUGCCAUCUCCAAGUCCAGUCCAUUGCCAGGGUCCAAAUAGAGAAACUAGAAUUUGUCUUCCAAGUCAAGCAGAUAUAAUUAUGCAAGGACAAAGCAAAGCAUUACAAGACGACGGUAUUCAUGCCGAACAUGUCAUUGCUGCAUGCUUCUGUAGUUUCUUCUUAGGAUUUUUAGUGGCAGCAGUUGCAGUUUAUCAGUAUAUGAAACGAAAUUAUUUUGUGCAUCAUCCGAGACUCGCAUCGAGAAUGAUCCAAGUUAAACCAAACACUUACGUUUCAGAAAUAGAAUGGAAAAACAAUCUUACACCUAAUGGAUCUCCUGGAAAAUUUCCUCUGAGAGAAGCGUCAAUCAAAAGAAAUGGACAACUCAGGGCUCAAAUAGAUUCCGACCACAAUUUUUGAACUUAUGUGAAACGUUUUGUGCCAGGAAUUCUGCUUUACUUAGACGAGUAGCCCUUUUUUUUGUCAUCUCUUCAUCAAAUGAUCAAGACUGCAAUUACAAAUUGUAUAUAAAAUGUUACAUUUAUACUAUUUUAAAGGCUUGUUUAUAAAAAUAUUUGUUGUUUUUGUCAUAAAAUUUAUAUACAGCAAAAAGGAUAAUUCAAAUUAUGAUUUGAAAUAGUGAAAUGUGUGCCAUAUUUGUAAAUUUUGACACAAAGAGAAUAUAUUGAAUCGAUUGGUAAGUUUUAUUUCUUUAUAUGAAAAAAUAUUGUUUUAUGAUAUUUGUAUAUAAUGGUUUUUCGAACGGAUGUACAGUAUUGCGUCUAACGUGUAUAGCUUAGUACCAAAUUGUGAUAUUAACAAUUGUAGUUGGCAAACAUGGUACUUAAGAAUCUAUUCUGAUCGUUUUGUUAAUUAA